AUGGACGUGGACCUCGAGGUAAUUCCCGAGGAGGAACCAGAAGACGAUGACCGUGAGGAUGAACCUGAGGAAGCACCGGAAGAAGAGCCUGAGGAUGAGCCUGAAGAUGAACCGGAGCUCGAACCCGCGGGCGCGCCAAAGUAUGAACCAGAGAACGUUCCUUGGUACGAUCCUGAGUAUGUACCAGAGGAUGAGUCAGAUGAGGAGCCAGUUGAGGAAGAGCGGGUUGAGGGGCAGGUGAAUGCGUAUAGGCGAAUGCACCAACUAGUGGAGCAGUUUCUGAAAUUAAAGCCUCCUAAGUUUAAUGGUAGAGGCAAUCUUAAUGGUGCAUCGCUGUGGGUGGAAGAAUUAGAAAAGGCUUUUGAAGUAUUGGGGUGUACAGACGAGGAGAAAGUGACAUUAGCGAGGCAGAGGACAGUAGAUCAGUACGAGGCCGAAUUUGCUCGGUUGUCUAAGUUUGCCUCGAAGAUGGUUGAGGACUCGUUAGAUAGGGCUCGAAGGUUCCGAGAUGGCUUGAAACCAGACCUUCGCAGCCAAAUGAUUUCAUUGAAUUUAAGAGGGUAUAAUGAGAUUUAUGACAGGGCCCAAGCGAUUGAGCGAGACUUGGCGGAUAGGGCCGCCGCUUCUGGGUCGAGGUUUGCCCAGGGUAGAGACAACCGUCAGUUAGGGAAGAGGCCAAUGACGGCCAUACCCCUUUCCGACGGCGAGAUGACAAGCUUAGAGACUAGCCUGGCACAGUCCGAACUUCAGCCUGCGCCUGCAGCACCUGUGCCUUCGGGGGCUGAGCAUGAUCCGGAGCUGGAAGAGUCCCAAGCGGGGUACGAUCCGAUGGACGUGGACCUCGAGGUAAUUCCCGAGGAGGAACCAGAAGACGAUGACCCUGAGGACGAACCUAAGGAAGCAUCGAAAGAAGAGCCUGAGGAUGAGCCUGAAGAAGAAUCGGAGCUCGAACCCGCGGGCGAGCCAGAGUAUGAACCAGAGAAUGUUCCUUGGUACGAUCCUGAGUAUGUACCAGAGGAUGAGUCAGAUGAGGAGCCAGUUGAGGAAGAGCGGGUCGAGGUUCUAGCAGAGUUGGGCGAUAUAAACAACCCGAUCGAGAUCAAGGUCGAGCCGGAGUCCUCAGAGGACCAGACGGUUCAGGGGGAGUCAGACUCGAGUGCCGAAGAAUCAGACUCUGAGUGGACGCCAAGCAAAGGGCGUAGAGGCUAG